AUGGAGGCCGUUGCGGAUAGAGUGGAGAUGCACAGGAACAUUGGAGAACAGAGAAAUAACUGGAACUGCCUGUUUUUAACAUCAAUCAAUACAAUCACUCUCUCUGCUGCAACCAUUGCCGGAAUUGCAGCUACAAGUGCAGUCGGGGGACUCAGGUCCCCCAUAUUGUCACUCAAGCUGGCUUCGACUCUAAUGUACUUGACAGCCACUGGAAUGUUGAUUAUUAUGAACAAAAUUCAACCAUCCCAACUUGCUGAAGAACAGCGUAACGCUGCAAGGUUGCUUAAGCAGAUUCAUGGAGAAAUUGAAACAAUUAUUUCCUGUGGUAAUCCUACUGUUAGUGAUGUGAACGAAGCAAUGGAGAAAGUUUUAGCUGUUGACAGGGCCUACCCUCUUCCUCUGCUUGGCGUUAUGCUCGAAAGAUUUCCAUCUAUGGUGGAGCCUGCAGUGUGGUGGCCUCAACCACGACGAAGAACGGCUAAUUCGAAAGAGUUAGGAGUUAAACUUGAUUGCAACGGUUGGAAUAGAGGAUUGGAAGAGGAAAUGAGAGAAGUAGUUGGGGUUUUGAAGAGGAAAGACAAAGCAGACUAUUUGAGGUUGGGUGGAAAAGCCUUGAAACUGAACCAAAUACUGGCCAUAACUGGUCCAUUACUAACAGGUCUAGCAGCAGUUGGGACUGCUUUUAUAGGAUCUCCUUUUCAUGGUUCUUGGGCCGCUGGGCUUGGAGUUGUUGCCGGAGCUUUGGCUAGCAUAGUGAACACAGUUGAGCAUGGAGGGCAAGUGGGGAUGGUGUUUGAGAUGUACAGAAGCAAUGCUGGUUUCUUAAAGCUCAUGGAGGAGUCUAUAGAGUCAAAUCUAAACGAAAGUGAAUUGGGUAGGAGAGAGAAUGGGGAAUUGUUUGAAAUGAAGGUGGCUUUGCAGUUGGGGAGGAGCCUCUCAGAGCUAAGGGAACUUGCAGCCUCAUCAGCAAGAAAAGGAGAGAUGGGCGAAGAGUUUGCAAGCAAGCUGUUCUGA